AUGGUGGAAAGGACCCACUGCUCAUUAAAGGCCACCCUGAUGGCACACUGCACGAACGAGAACUGGAAGUUGCAGUUACCCUGGGUCCUGCUGGGCCUAUGCACCGCACCAAAAAUAAACGGUGAGGCAUCACCAGCAGAGAAAGUCUACGGCGAGGCAAUAGCUGUACCUGGCGAAUUCUUCCCCACAGAUGCGGCUGAAUCGGAUACGAUUCCAAGACUGCAAGAAAUCGCAGGAAAGUUCAUGCCCUACCUGAAAACCUUCUCCAAUGGGACCAAAGAUUUUAAGCACAAAGGCCUGGACACCUGCGAACAUGUCUUCGUGAGGAACGACGGCCACUGCCCCUCCCUGACAAGACCCUACUGGCAGCCCUACCCCAUCAUCAGCCAAACAGACAAAGACUACCUCGUCAUGACACAUGGCCGUGAAGACUGGGUCUCGAUUGACAAAUUAAAACCCACCUUCCUGAUGGACAAUGUCAACACCAGGUGCCCCAGAGUAACUCCACAAAGCAAGGCUGCUCGCGAAGCCCCCGGCAAGACCAAACGCGGCCGUGGACCCCCAUGGACGACAGUCGAAUCCUCCAGGCUCUGCACCAGGGGAGGCAUCCUGCCACCCAAAAUGCUGAAGGACUCAGCAGUCAAUAACGUCCCACAACUGAUCUCAAGGACACGGGAUUGA